CGACCCCUUCCGCGCACGCCCGAAGCAGCUCCGGGAAGCAGAGGCGGCGGCUCUCGGCGCCCGCGCGCUGCGCUCCGGUGGCCGCACCGGGGCUCCCCACGCGCCGGUAAUAUGCAUGUGUCACUAGCAGAGGCCCUGGAGGUUCGGGGUGGACCACUGCAGGAGGAGGAAAUAUGGGCUGUAUUAAACCAGAGUGCUGAAAGUCUCCAAGAAUUAUUCAGAAGAGUGAGCAUUGCUGACCCUGCUGCCCUGGGCUUCAUCAUCUCUCCAUGGUCGCUGCUCCUGAUGCCGUCUGGCAGUGUGUCCUUCACAGAUGAAAACAUCUCCAACCAGGACCUCCGCGCGUUCACUGCACCAGAAGUGCUUCAGAACCAUUCACUAACUUCUCUCUCAGAUGUUGAAAAGAUCCAUAUUUAUUCUCUUGGAAUGACGUUGUACUGGGGGGCCGAUCACGAAGUACCUCAAAGCCAGCCCAUCAAGCUGGGAGACCAUCUCAACAGCAUUCUCCUAGGCAUGUGUGAGGAUGUGAUCUAUGCUCGGGUGUCGGUGCGGACUGUCCUGGAUGCCUGCAGUGCCCACGUUAGGAAUAGCAACUGUGCACCUUCGUUUUCCUAUGUGAAGCAGUUGGUGAAGCUGGUUCUGGGAAAUAUUUCUGGGACGGAUCAGCUUUCCCGUAGCAGUGAACAAAAGCCUGACCGAAGCCAGGCUAUUCGAGACCGAUUGAGAGGAAAAGGAUUACCCACAGGAAGAAGCUCCACUUCCGAUGUACUAGACAUACACAAGGCUCCAUUCUCUCAUCAGACUUUUCUUAACAAAGGGCUUAGUAAAUCUAUGGGAUUUCUGUCCAUCAGAGACACACAAGAUGAGGAAGAUUAUUUCAAGGAUACCCCAUCUGAUAAUAAUUCUAGGCAUGAAGAUUCUGAGACUGUCUCUUCCCCUUACCAGUUCAAAACUAGCAGUCCACAAAAAAAGGUUUUCCCUGGACUCGACGUGCUGUCUAAGAAGAAGGUCUGGGCUUCAUCCAUGGACUUGCUUUGUACGGCUGACAGAGACUUUUCUGGAGAGACUGACAGGUACCAGCACUGUGACCCUGAGGCAGGAACAGGACGGACUUCACCCACUCCUAGAAAAAAAGAGGCAAGGUACUCUGAUGGAAGCAUUGCCUUGGAUGUCUUUGGCCCUCAGAAGGUGGAGCCAGUGUAUCACACUCGAGAAGCGCCAACCUCCUCUGCAGUAUCAAGUGCUUUGGACCGAAUUCGAGAGAGACAAAAGAAACUUCAGGUUCUGAGAGAAGCCAUGAAUGUAGAAGAACCAGUUCGAAGAUACAAAACUUACCACAGUGAUAUUUUUAGUACCUCCAGUGAAAGUCCGUCUAUUAUUUCUUCUGAAUCAGAUUUCAGACAAGUGAGAAGAAGUGAAGCUUCCAAGAGGGUUGAGUCUAGCAGCGGUCUCUCUGGAGUGGAAGAAGCUGGUCAGGGCCAGUCACAGAGACCAAGACAAUAUGAAACAUCCCUUGACGGCAACUUCAUCAAUCAGGAGAUGAUGCUAAAGCGACAAGAAGAGGAAAUGAUGCAGUUGCAGGCCAGGAUGGCUCUCCGACAGUCUCGGUUGAGCCUGUAUCCAGGGGACACGAUCAAAGCUUCCAUGCUUGACAUCUCUAGAGAUCCACUAAGAGAAAUUGCCCUGGAGACAGCCAUGACCCAGAGAAAACUGAGGAAUUUCUUUGGCCCUGAGUUUGUGAAGAUGACAAUUGAGCCAUUUAUUUCUUUGGAUUUGCCACGGUCUAUCCUUAAUAAGAAGGGGAAGAACGAGGACCAUCGGAGAAAAGUGAACAUAAUGCUCCUGAGUGGGCAGAGACUCGAGCUCACCUGUGACACCAAGACCGUGUGCAAAGACGUCUUCGAUAUGGUUGUGGCUCAUGUUGGCUUAGUGGAGCAUCAUCUGUUUGCUCUAGCUACCCUCAAAGAGAAUGAAUAUUUCUUUGUUGAUCCUGACUUAAAAUUAACCAAAGUGGCCCCAGAGGGAUGGAAAGAAGAACCAAAGAAAAAGGGCAAAGCCGCUGUUGAGUUCACUUUGUUUUUCCGGAUCAAAUUUUUCAUGGAUGAUGUUAGUUUGAUACAACACAACCUAACAUGCCAUCAGUAUUACCUUCAGCUGCGGAAGGACGUUCUGGAGGAGCGGGUGCACUGUGAUGAUGAGACCGCCCUCCUGCUCGCGUCCUUGGCGCUCCAGGCCGAGUAUGGAGAUUACCAACCAGAGGUCCACGGAGUGUCCUACUUUCGCCUGGAGCAUUAUUUGCCUGCCAGAGUGAUGGAGAAGCUUGACUUGUCCUAUGUUAAAGAGGAGUUACCCAAAUUGCAUAACACCUAUGCAGGCGCUUCCGAGAAGGAGACCGAGCUGGAGUUCUUAAAGGUCUGCCAGAGGUUGACGGAGUACGGAGUACAUCUUCACCGGGUACACCCAGAAAAAAAGUCACAGACAGGAAUACUGCUUGGUGUGUGCUCCAAAGGUGUGCUCGUGUUUGAAGUUCACAAUGGAGUACGCACCUUGGUCCUUCGCUUUCCAUGGAGGGAAACCAAAAAGAUUUCCUUCUCAAAAAAGAAAAUCACGUUACAGAACACGUCCGAUGGAAUCAAGCACGCGUUCCAGACGGACAGCGGUAAGGCAUGCCAGUACCUGCUGCAGCUCUGCUCUUCUCAGCACAAGUUCCAGCUGCAGAUGCGGGCGCGCCAGAGCAACCAAGAUGCCCAAGACAUUGAGAGAGCUUCGUUUAGGAGCCUGAACCUGCCAGCAGAGUCCGUUAGAGGAUUUUCUAUGGGCCGCGCGAUCAGCACUGGCAGUCUGGCCAGCAGCACCCUCAACAAACUUGCCGUCCGACCCCUGUCGGUACAAGCUGAGAUUCUGAAGAGGCUCUCCUGCUCAGAGCUGUCGCUUUACCAGCCAUUGCAGAACAGUUCAAAAGAGAAGAAUGACAGAGCUUCAUGGGAGGAAAAGCCUAGAGGGAUGAGUAAAUCCUAUCAUGACCUCAGUCAGGCCUCUCUCUAUCCUCAUCGGAAACAGGUCAUUAACAUGGAGUCCCUACCACCAGCCUUUGCGGAGAUGGUGGGCAAACCACUGUACCCGAUGGCCAGAUCUGACACAGAGUCAUUGGCAGGACUCACAAAGCUUAAUAAUUCAAAGUCUGUUGCCAGUUUAACUAGAAGCCCUGAGAGGAGGAAACAUGAAUCAGACUCAUCCACUGAAGACCCCGGUCAAGCAUAUGUUCUAGGAAUGGCUUUGCCUAGUUCUGGAAAAUCUUCAUCCCAAGUACCCUUUAAAGACAAUGAUACACUGCACAAAAGAUGGAGCAUUGUGUCUUCACCAGAAAGGGAGAUCACGCUGGUGAACCUGAAGAAAGACUCAAAGCAUGGCUUAGGAUUUCAAAUUAUUGGUGGGGAAAAGAUGGGAAGACUGGACCUAGGUGUGUUUAUCAGUUCAGUUACUCCUGGAGGACCAGCUGACUUGGAUGGAUGCUUAAAGCCUGGAGACCGCUUGAUAUCUGUGAACAGUGUGAGUCUGGAAGGGGUUAGUCACCAUGCUGCAGUUGACAUUCUGCAGAAUGCACCUGAAGAUGUGACCCUUGUCAUCUCCCAGCCAAAAGAAAAGCCAUCCAAAGUGCCUUCUACUCCCGUGCAUUUUGCCAAUGGGAUGAAAAACUACAUGAAGAAGCCUUCCUACAUGCAGGACAGCGCUACAGACCCUUCAGAGGACCAGCCCUGGCCACGGGGCACCCUCAGGCAUGUCACAGAGAGUCCUUUUGGGCUCUCGGGGGGCCUGCGGGAAGGAAGCCUCAGCUCCCAGGACUCCAGGACUGAAAGCGCCAGCUUGUCCCAGAGCCAUGUCAACGGCUUCUUUGCUGGCCACUUAGGUGACCGAGGCUGGCAGGAGUCACAGCAUGGCAGCCCAUCUCCAUCUGUAACGUCCAAGGUCAUGGAGAAGAUUUUCUCUGGCAGUAACCGAAGCAAAGCUAAAAGGCCAGGCAUUUCUGACACAACUGAGCUCUCUGAUCACGGUGAUUCCGACGUAGAUGACGCCACUUAUGUCAGCAACCAGGAUCAUCCAACACCGCAAAAGGAACCUUCCUCCUCAGUGAAUACAUCCAACAAAAUGAGCUUUAAAACACUCUCUGCAUCACCUCCUGAGCCUGGAGAGAUCUUUGAGGUUGAACUGGCUAAAAAUGCUAACAGCUUGGGAAUAAGUGUCACGGUACUGUUUGCCAAGGGAGGUGUGAAUACCAGCGUCCGACAUGGUGGUAUUUAUGUGAAAGCCAUUAUUCCCAAAGGAGCAGCAGAGUCAGAUGGCAGAAUUCACAAAGGUGAUCGUGUGCUCGCUGUUAAUGGAAUCAGUCUGGAAGGAGCUACCCACAAGCAAGCUGUGGAAACACUAAGAAACACAGGGCAGGUGGUUCAUCUGUUGUUAGAAAAGGGGCAGUCCCCGACGUCCAAAGAACAUGACCCUGCCAGCCCACAGUGCGCCCCUCCAGACCAGGAUGGCCAAGGUCGAACCCCAGAAAAGACAGUGAAGAAAAUAGCUCACGUCAAAGACUACAGCUUUGUUACUGAAGAUAAUACAUUUGAGGUCAAACUGUUCAAGAAUAGCUCGGGCCUAGGAUUCAGUUUUUCUCGAGAAGAUAAUCUUAUACCAGAACAAAUCAAUGCCAGCAUAGUAAGAGUUAAAAAGCUCUUCCCUGGGCAGCCAGCUGCAGAAAGUGGCAAAAUUGAUGUUGGAGAUGUUAUAUUGAAAGUGAACGGAGCCUCAUUGAAGGGACUGUCUCAGCAGGAAGUCAUAUCUGCUCUCAGGGGAACAGCUCCUGAAGUGUCCUUGCUCCUCUGCAGACCCCCACCCGGUGUGCUACCAGAAAUUGAUACUGCGUUUCCGACUCCGCUCCACUCUCCAGCACAAGCAUUUCUAGGCAGCAGUAAAGAGCCUUCCCAGCCAUCAUCCUUCUCAGUGGAGCAAGGCACCAGCGUGGCCGAGAGUGAGGUGUCUGGCAGAAACAGGGAACAGCGCAGGUGUCCCUCCAGGAGAGACAGCUCGAGUGACAGCAGCGUGAGUGGAGAGGACGACCAUGAGAGAGCUGCAGCCAAGCAACCAAAUGUGACCUUGGCUUCAGCUCUGACUCAAACUCUGAGCAAUAUGGUGUCACAGGCGCACGGUCAACAUGAAGCACCCAGAAGCCAAGAAGAACCCGCCUGUACCAUGUUUUACCUCCCUCGGAAAACAGCCAGCAAACCAGAAUUUGAGAGCAGUCAUCCCCCUCCGGAUGUGAGUCCUGGACAAAUCUGUCAGUCCCAGUCAGAAUUUGCUGCUUCUGACUCGGUUGAGAAAUACUAUACACAUCUUGCUUCUGAGCUGAACAAACCAGAAAACUUGACCACUUUGAAAAAUGACUUGGGAAACCACCUGGAGGACUCUGAGCUGGAAGUAGAGCUUCCGAUUACCCUAAUUAAAUCAGAACAAGGAAGUCUGGGCUUUACAGUAACCAAGGGCAGUCAGAGCAUUGGUUGUUAUGUCCAUGACGUCGUACAGGAUCCAGCCAAGGCUGAUGGAAGGCUGAAGCCGGGAGACCGCCUAGUAAAGGUUAAUGAUACAGAUGUUACAAAUAUGACCCACACCGAUGCAGUGAAUCUGCUGCGAGCUUCGCCAAAGACGGUCAGAUUAGUUCUUGGGCGGAUUCUAGAGUUACCCAGGAUGCCCGUGUUUCCCCAUUUGCUGCCUGACAUUACAGUAACAUGCUGUGACAAGGAGUUAGGAUUUUCUCUGUCUGGAGGUCAUGGCAGUCCACAUGAAGUGGUGUAUAUUAGUGACAUUAACCCACAGUCGGCUGCAGCUGUGGAAGGUAACCUGCAGCUCCUGGAUAUCAUCCAUUAUGUGAAUGGAGUCAGCACACAAGGAAUGACCUUGGAAGAAGCAAACAGAGCGUUGGACCUGUCACUUCCUUCAGUGGUGCUGAAAGCAACAAGAGACGGUUGUCCGGUGGUGCCUAGUUCAACGAGACCUGCCAUCUCGGGAUCCAAGCUCACCAAAGCCAACGGCCAUACCAGUACGCAGCCUUGUGGCCGUCCUGCUCUCACACCUAAGAAUUCCUUCUCCAAGGUUAAUGGGGAAGAAGUAGCUGAAGCUGUGUACCCUAGAGGAAAAUGCUCAUCUUCUCAGAUGAGGGACUUAACGGACCAGACCGAAACCAAAGAAUCUGAUUCCCAAGAUGAUGACAUCUAUGAUGAUCCUCAAGAAGCUGAAGUUAUCCAGUCCUUGCUGGAUGUUGUGGAUGAAGAAGCCCAGAAUCUCUUAAACCAGACUAAUGCCACCAGAGGGGCCUAUUUUCGAGGUACGCGGAGGACAAACGGGGAGACACCAGAAGAAGAAGGAGCAGACACAGACUCGGAUGGUUCUCCAUUAGCUGAGGAUGUCCCUCAGUCAGUGAAUGGCUUUGAAGAAUGUAAAGAAAAAAUAAGCAAUGAAAGCUUAACUCGGGCAUCACAGGAGGGGAAAUCUGUCGGAGAAGAAGUCACACGCGGAAGCAGCGAGCCGCCAGUAGAGGCCGCAGACCACGAGGGUGCCAGCAAAGAUCACCCCUUUUUGACAAAUGAGGAGCUGGCUGCCCUGCCUGUGGUCAGAGUCCCUCCCUCCGGCAAGUACACCGGCACUCAGUUGCAGGCCACCAUCCGCACGCUUCAAGGCUUGCUUGACCAAGGGAUCCCUGCUCAGGAACUACAGAAUCUUCAAGAAUUAAAACCUCUGGAUCAGUGUCUGAUUGGACAAACUAAGGAAAACCGACGGAAGAACAGAUACAAAAAUAUCCUUCCCUAUGACUCCACAAGAGUGCCUCUUGGAGAUGAAGGCGGAUACAUCAAUGCCAGUUUCAUCAGGAUCCCAGUGGGGACACAGGAGUUCGUCUACAUUGCCUGCCAAGGGCCCUUGCCCACCACCGUGGGGGAUUUCUGGCAAAUGGUUUGGGAGCAAAACUCCACAGUGAUAGCAAUGAUGACGCAAGAGGUGGAAGGAGAGAAAGUCAAAUGCCAGCGCUACUGGCCGAGCAUCCUCGGCACGACGACCAUGGCCAAUGAGAGGCUGCGCCUGGCUCUCCUGAGAAUGCAGCAGCUGAAGGGCUUCGUUGUGAGGGUGCUGAGCCUGGAGGAUAUUCAGACAGGAGAGGUGCGGCAUAUUUCGCAUCUGAAUUUCACUGCCUGGCCAGACCAUGAUACACCUUCCCAGCCAGACGACCUGCUCACUUUCAUCUCCUACAUGAGAUACAUCCAUACAUCGGGCCCAGUGGUCACACACUGCAGUGCUGGCAUUGGACGUUCAGGGACCCUCAUAUGCAUAGACGUGGUCCUAGGACUAAUCAGCCAAGAUCUUGAAUUCGACAUCUCUGAUUUAGUGCGCUGCAUGAGACUACAAAGGCAUGGCAUGGUGCAGACAGAGGGUCAGUAUGUUUUCUGCUACCAAGUUAUCCUGUAUGUCCUGACUCAUCUUCAGGCUGAAGAGCAGAGGACACAGCCAAGGCUCCCACAGUGACAGGAGCAGCCUCCCAUGGGUCUCCCUCCUCGCCUCCAGCUGACGCCUGCUCCACUCAGACGAGAGAGCCAGGCCAAGCAGUCACAGCUAUGCUGCUGAGUCCCUCAUCUUAGAGGAGGGCGCUCCUGGAAGACAUACAUAUAUAUGUCAGGAUGUGGUACUUUUAUAGCUGCUUAGACCUCUGAUAAUUAUCAAAACUCAUUUAACCUGACCUGAACACGGCAGGUCUUAGGGCUGAAGGCAGCAUUUGAUCAGAGUGGACAUUGUUACAAAGACACACUGAGUCUAUUUUUAAUGUACCAAAUCUUGUUUAUAGCAAAUUUUUCCAGUAUUUUAAUAAAGUAGGUUUAUUUUAUAGAGGAUACUUGAAGCCAGUAUUUAAGCUUUUAAUGACAGUAAUAUUGGCAUAGAAAAGAAACUAGCAAUGUUUACUGUAUCGGUUUCUAAUGUUUACUCUAUACAAUUUCCUGUAAUAUAUUUAUAUACUUUUCAUGAAAAUGGAGUUAUCACAUACCCAUUUGUACCUCUGUCAUCUGUUUUUAAUACGUCAUCUCACUUUGUAAAUAAAACUACACCUUAAACUUGGACAACCAA